AUGAGGGAAAUCGUACAUUUGCAAGCCGGACAGUGCGGAAACCAGAUCGGCGCCAAGGUACGUUCGUUACGACGUUAUUAAUAUUGUCUUUGGUCUCAGAUAAGAAAAGCCUAAGCCAAUUUUUUUUUUUUAGUCUUUCGCUAAUUUUUAGUUAAAAUGGCAUACAUGUAUGCGUAGUGUAUACACUCUAACGCAUGUCGUAUUACAAGUUGAAAUAUUUGCAUUCACUAUGCGAUGCACUUUUUGUUUGGUGGGAAAGGUCGUUUAACCUCGUUUAUGUUAGGUAAAUUAUAAUUAUAUGACUUGAGCCAUUAAGGAUAAUUAGCAAUUUAGCAAUUUUCAAAAUGUAAUUUACUUGCAUUGAAAACUAUACAGAAUUUACUUCAGUUCUUCUUCGCUGGGAUCAGAGAUAUUAUAAAUCACAUUUUUGUAAAGGUUGGCAUUUUUUGAAGGAAACUUAAGACGGUAUAAAAUAAAUAGUAAUAUUAUACCCGGCCAAUGACGACGAAACUUACUACAUUUUUAAAGAGAUCAAAUCAAUUUGUUGUCCUAGGAUAUUAUUAUAUGGGGUUUUGUCAAUAAUUAUGUGCAUUUUUGCAGACACCUACCUAUACAUUGUUCGAUUCACGUUAACAGCUAAACUUACUUCAAAAGUAAUAAUUUUAUUUUUACAUUUUGUAUUUUUUUUUUUUAAUGGAACACGGUGGGGUGAUUUACCGGUUUAUUCGAGUGCAGUCGAAAUCGCAUCGCACGGAAAACUACCGGUGCCGCGCGUGCGAAACGAUAGGCAAAUAUGUUUCACUUCGGUAUAAUAAUAAUUAGUAAUUAUUACCCGCGUCAUGAUGAUAGGUUUACGCCUCAACACGCUCCGAAUAGAAAUCCGUUUUUACCUAAGCAUAUAUUUUUGUCCUGUAUAUAUAAUUAUAAUAAUAAUAUGUAGCUCGAGGGAUGCGUAGUUAGAACGUUAAACUCAAUACGUCUCCCCCGCCUUAAACAUACAGUUUUCAAACAAUCGACACGAAUAUUGGAUGGAUUUUUUUUUUAUCAAAAUUCAUAUUUCACCGACAAAAUCGAUUGUAUUCGUACGGAAUAACGGCGUGAUUUAAUGAUAAGUGUAUAUUUUUGGUCUUAGGCUUAAGUUAAUUUUGUGUGGUUUUCAAUACAAGCAAAUUACCGCAUAAUAUGCUAAAUGGCUUAUGGCGUUCUAAUUUCUAAAAUUCAUAUACGAGAUAUUGUAAAACCGAUGUCCUAUGUUUGAAAUCGAAAACCAAAAGUUGAUAUUUCAUAUUCAUUUCUUAAUUCAUAUUCAUAGACAUUAUAGAUAUAUUUUUCCGGAAAUAUCGGGCCAAAUAUUGGUUAAAAAAAAAAAAAAAAAACCCCGAUAUCGAUAAAACACAUUGUAAUCGGUCGAUAUUCAGCAUCUGUGUACGUAUCGGUCUGUUCCUAAUUAGAAUACUCACACGUAUACUUAUGCCCAUUUAAACCGAAAAAUAAAGCGGAUCAAAAUAUUAUAGUAUAGAUACAAUUAUACAAUAUUAUAAAUGAAAAAAAUGUCAAUUUGACUUAAGCCCUUCUUUCUCGGGACCAAAACUAUAAUAAUGGUAUAUUAUAACGUCGUGUAGUACUUAUGACGGUUAAGAUUUUUGUAUACAUUAAACGGGAUGUUUUUUAAUGGACUUUUCGACAUUAUUAUAUACAUUUAUAUGUAUUUUCACACGUAUUAUAUUGUAGUUUUUCGAGGUAUUUGGAUUUUUACGAGGAUUUUUAUGAAUGCGGACUUCAAUCUAUAUAAUAAUAAUGAUAUAUCGCCGUCGGUCACUAUAUUAUUAUUUGACGCGCGAUGAGACGACAUUCCUGCACGUUUCCUGCACUCCGUGAGCACGCGCUCACUAGUCGUUACCCGUAUCGCUUAUUAUUAUAAUAUAAUAUUGUCGAAUAUAUUCGCAGCAAAACAAAAAAAAAAAAUAUUUUUUUUUUUUUUUUUUACGUAUUUGUCUCUAAAACGACAGUACGGCCCUUUGCGUGGCCAAACUACAAGAGUCGGGGAGCAGACGAAAUUCUUCACGGGAAGGGGGAUCAAGGGGAUUUUACUCGACUAGUAAAAAUAUAUAAUUUGUACUUUUAAUCAAAAAUAGUACCCAGGUAUGAUAUUUUAAACGGUCGUUUAUUAACGAUUAUAAUAGGCAAUGUAAGAAAAACAUUUUUUUUUUUUUUUAAUAAGGGGAGAUUUUCGGGAAGGGAAAUGUGGUAGACGUUUGCGUACAUUUUUCUUGAUCAGUCCUCGUAUAGUACUGCGGGAUAAUAGUAGAAAUGUUAUUCGUUCGAUGGGUAUAGAUCACUGUAGUUUUAGAUGGGGAAUAAGUUUAAGAUUUAACUAGAAGAAAAAAACACACGCAUCAUAUUAUUAUAUUAUUAUCAUAUUAUUAUAGUGAAACCGAUAAAUUCUUCGCUCCGCUCAGAAUCUAAUAUAAUUUAUAAUAAUUGUUCGUGUUUUUAACGUAUUUAGCAUAUAUUACAACGUUAUAUUUGGAUAAUAAUUGGAGAAAAAUCGCAACGUGGCACUAUUAGAACCAUUAUUUUUUCUUUAUGCCCCUCUCCGGAAUAUUUUAAUUUGGUUUUGCAAUCUGAACGAGUACGGGUCAUGUUUUCGCGGUCGUUUUUAUGCGGGAAAAUGCACUCAAAUGCGACCGCCUAACGUGUACAUGGUUCGCCGGAUUUCGUCUAGAGGCCACCGGCACCUCCGGGUGGAGAGAUUUUUCCGCCGUUGAUCGUUGACGCGAAUCGCGCUGUGAGCAGCAAAUAUAAUGUUCAUACAUCCACAGUGUGUUCACACUAAGGGGCACCGUUUAAAAUUUCUGGGGUUGAGCCGCACAAUGGAAAAAACAUUGUGAGUUAAAAAAAAAAAAAAUCAAAAAUGUUAAUUUUUGUGGCACAUUAAAAUUAAAAUAUUCGUUGUUAAAUGGUAACACCGCACACUUGCGCGUGUCGAGGUGCCAAGCCAAUUCCGUUUGUCUGAUAAUAGACGAUUUUUGAUUUUUCUAACAACUAUAAUAUUACAUUGCCGAAUAAUUUUAUUUAGAGGUUGUUUUUUCGGACUUGUUCCCUACGAGAACUGUACCGGACCUAUUUGUAGGUAUAUGAAAAUCUGACAUCCUUAUCUCGCCGAAUCGUGUGAACCGCAACAUAAUCGUAACUCUCAUUGAAAUUCAUAACUGUGAACGGAGUUAUAUCUCGGUGUAUAUUUUGUUUUCACUCACUAGUAUAAUAAUAUAUUAUAAUAAUUCGUUCGCAUAAAGAUCGGGAAGUCUUUGGGCAAAAAACGGUUUUCGGAUACUAAGCGCGAUUCCGAUUUCCGGAAUAUUCGGAAACCGGUUCGACGGCUGUGGCAGCCCGUUAUCGGCGAGCUCGCGCAUAAAUCUUCCAAGUUGCCUGGUGUAUAAGAAUUGUUCCAAUUAUACGCACGAGUACAUUAAUUAUCAAUUAUACCGAACCUACUAAGUAUAUAAGUAAAUAACCUUUCAAAGAGAUUGAGUUUAAUAUAUGUUGACACUCACUCUACGUCUAGAAAAAUGUGAACAUAAGUUUUCGGUAAAAAUGUCAAGUCUCUGCGAUUAUUUUUCCUCACUGAGUUACAAAAAAACAAAGAAACAAAAUCGACUUUGAUAAAAAAUUUCCGGCGGCGUUACGCGUGGUGAACGCUCCAGUUUAUUUUCUCUCGGGUUUUUCCCCUUUAUAUCAUUUCGUAAGCAGAGGAAAAGUACAAGGAUAUCAAAAUAACGUCCACCCCGAUUUGCAUCGACUAUAAUAUAUUAUAGAUGAAAUAUAGACCUAGAAAUGUUUGCCCGCAGAAGCCAUAUCCCUGAAGUGACGUCGACGAUCGGUGCUGGUCUCGCGCGUGUUACUCGCAUCACAGCGAAACCGCAUCUUAAUAAUACAUUCCUCGCUACGCUUAGAAUUAGAAAAAAAAAACCAUCAAUACCUAUACCAUAAUACGUUUUUGGCGUUUCGAUAUGCCGUUAUAACUUGUAAUACUCGAGACUUGACGCGAUAAUAUUAUAUAAUAUAUAAUAUAAAAAACGUGUAAUGUUCCCGGCGGUGAGCCUCCUGGUCCGCGUCCAGGAGGACCCUGACAAAUCGGUGUAUAAAUGACGAGGCGAUCCUCAUCCUCGAGAUGUGCACACAAUGGAGAGAGGUAUCGUCGCCGUCGUCGUUGUCGUCGUCGUCUUCGACGUGAAGGCAUCGUCGUCGCCGGCUACCGUCAAGUUCAACGUUCUGCACCUCGCAACGUGCGUAUUAUUAUUAUGACGCGUAUACGCCGCACAUUAUUAUUAUAAAGUAAUAAUCACACGAGUGGCGCUGAUGCAUCGGUGCUCGCCGUAUACCGUGGUAUAAUAGUGGUUUCGUUCUUAUUACACGCACGCACGAACACGCGUUUUUACGGCGUGUUCACGCUAAGAGCUUACCACCGAGCAAUACAAUUAUAAUGUUUUCAACCGGAUAUACGAAGACCACAGAAACAGUUUGACCCUACACGAAUAUAUAAAGUUACGAAAGUAGGUACGGAGAUCUGAAACGAAUCAAUCGGAUGAUUGUAGAAGAGAAUAUGGAUUUUGAUCGAAAUAGGGAUUGUCGAGAACGUUUUAACAUAUCCCUAUUAAUUUCGAUUCAAGUUUCAUUCGACUAUUUGGUUUAAUUAGGACAAAAAUUUUUAAGGUGUAUAUGGAAAUCUGGAAAUGUAAUAUAAUGACGAAAAUAAUAUCAUAUAUAUUAUAUAUAUAAAUAGCUGACCCCCAUUGGCGGAGGAUAAAAGUUAUGAGGUGACUGAACUGAGAGCUGGUAGAGUGCAGUGAAUUUUUUCGUCGCUAAAUUUGAAAAAUCGCAGUGCACAAAUAUGUAGUUUUACAUAAGGUACUAUUAUUUAUUUUUUAUAACUAUUUACUCGUAUUUCGGUCUACGGAUAAAUCGGUAUACAAUAAUUUAAAUCUAUUCAGAGUGUGUGGAUUUGUGUAAUAAAAAUAUAUAAGAUAUUAUAGUUUUCAGGGUACCUAUACAGAUGUAAACAAGUUACAGUGUGUGUUUUAUGUUUACACUCGUAUGCACCGUGUGUCUUAUUUGCUGAGUUAUGUAAUAAUAUAUAUAUACAUAAGUUGGUUUGCGGUUUGGCUAGGUGACAAGUAAAUUUCAAAAAUUAAAAUAAUACACUAUAUAUAGUAUCGCGUUUUAAUAGGUACGUAAACUUCGUUGUAUAUUUACAAUAUGUAUUUCGACUAUAGGCUGGUGCAGCUAUAUCUUCUUUUCGCUCCCGAUUAAAUGUUAAGUAAUAAUUUGGUUCUAAGACGCGAUCGUCUGCAUCAUUCGUAGUUGAUGCCAACAAAUGUGGUUUUUAUUGGACAUUUGCCUUUUGAAACGAUAGAAAUGGAAACAAAAAGACUUGUUACAUUCACAUCGAAUCGGAUUAUUUUGAAAUUAAAAUAUUAUAUUUAAUAUGCGAUAAGCGUUAUAUUUUAAAACUUUUAAAUAUUCUGAAUGCAGCAAGGAAUAUAAUAUGUUGGUUGUAUAAAUUAUUAUGGUGUAUUUAAAAAAAAAAUCUUUUGUCUGUUAACUCGAUCUAAUCAAAAAAACAUCAAGAGGUACGUCUAGUAGCAAUUUUGAUACAAUAUAUAGUUUGUGAAUGCGAGUGGUCAUUUUUUGUAUGUUUUUGUUUAACAAUAAGGUCAAAAAUACUCGCUGAGAUCUAAAUCAUUUUGAACAUAAAUUAAACAAAUCUGGGUCCGAUAAUAUAUUUCCCUUAGCUAAAGAUCUGAAAUUUGUACAGAAUACAUAUAUUAGCUGUUUAUAGGCAUUUGACAUUUUUGAAUUUGUUUAGUUUUCAUUAAGUGCUAUGUGGAUAAAUAAAAUGAUUUUCACCGAAUGGUGCUUUUUGCGAAUUUAACACGACGUUCAUAAUAAUUUAUACUUGGUGAGGAAAAAAAUCGAGCGCAAUACAGUUUUUUUUCUAUAACCAUUCAUAUAAUGUUGCCGAAAGACCACGGCGGAUCAUUUAUCAAUACAUUGCGUUUACCCGAACUUCGCUCAGAAUCGUGUUUUGUUAACAAUGAUUAAUCGUUGGGUACAGACACAUAUUAUUCAAAUAACUCAGCGUAUAGCUAUAUCUUUCCGACUUUUUCACCUACAGCAGUGGCGUGCAAAUUUUUUUUUUCCAUUUAAUUUCUACGACAAUGCAUUAACAAUAUACUAUUACUGUGUGGCAGCAGUGUAGUACUGCGUCGGAAAAAAAAACACAAAUUGUAUACGCACUCGAACCGGCUCCGGUCUCGGCUAAAACCUGUAGCAGGUCCCGCAGUGCUCGCGUCAUAUACCUAUACGCGCGUACCAUAAAUAUAAAUGAUUGUAAUAUACUGUAAAUAGCUCGUCGCGGACACAAAUCUGUCGUCGUCGGACGGCCGGUCGGUCGGUCUGGAGUGCGUCGAAGGACCGAAAUAAACGCGGUCCUUAUAUAGGCGCGUCUCGGACGGAUCGGAUGGGUGCGGCGGUGGCGGCGGCGUUUCCUGACAGCGUUCCAGACGGGUCCCCUGGAAUGUUUAUUUUCGGCCUGGAGCGCGAGACGCCGUCGCACACGGUCAUUAUACCGUACUACGGCUGGUGCCAAUAUUCUUCCUUCGGAGUUUUUAUUUCUAAAAAAAGGACCGACCGAAGGUACACCACCGCACAUUGCCACUGCGGCCGCCGCCACCGCCGCAGACUCUUGCACAGCAGUGGCACUCACGCGCGUCCCCCUCGCUUUGCCGCUGUUCCGCCGAUCCUCGACGAUAUUACGAUUUAUUAUAUAUUCGUUUGACGCAUAUUGUUGUUUCGACAAUAUUAUUUCUUUGAUCUCUUUGGUUAUUCUGUUUCAACUGCGACUCGAUUGAUAUUAAAUUCUCUUCGUUUUUAAAUAAUCGUAUAGUUUAGCCUCCCGAACGACAAUAAUUCGAUUAAUUUUCGAUUGGUCGGGCAUUAUUACGAUUUUAUCGUAUAUAGUUAUACAAUGUAGCUUAUAAAUGUGUUUUUUUUUCAUCACUAUUAUUGUAUGAUAAAUUUUCUGGCUCAAUGGUUCAUAUUAAUAGUUGUCACUAUUUUACCACGACAGUUUUUUUUUUUUGUACAAUAAACCGACCGAAUUUAAUAUUAUAGACUUUUGGCGCUCGUACGAGUUUUUUUUUUUUAAUAAUUAAUUGCUGUCAUUAUUUUAUCAUUUUCAUAUAUUCUUUAUGUACCAGUAUAUUGCUCAAUUAGAGGGAUAUGAUAAACGGCUCUCUGUAUUUCUUUCUUUCUAUGUACAGGGUGCUCAACAUAGCGUAAGACAUUCAUUAUCUCGAAAGUAUUAACUUUUAAUUUGUUUUUUAGAAAAUUUAAGAAACACAAUGUUACAUUUCCGUUAUUUAUUAUCACUUUUAUUUUCAGAGGUGAGACCACUAUUCACUUUUGCAUUUCAAAUAGUAACAUAUGUCUAUACAUAUUUCUAACAUAAUUCUAUAAAUAUAUGAAGUUUUAAUUUAUUUCGGUGUUGACAUUUUUAAUUUCCAUUAACCCGUUGAUAACCUAUGUUUAAAUUACUUGAAAUAAUUAUUUUGUCAUUAGGGUAGAGUAGUGAACCAUCACUUAUGUAGUGGUGAGUAUAGGUGUGAUUAGGCUUUACAUUUUGACAAAGUGCUAAAAUUAUAUAAUAAUAUAUAUCACUUUAUUCAUGAUAUUUUCAAUAAUAAUUAUAUUGAGUUUUUUUAAUAAACUUUUAACAAAUUAUUUAAAUUAAAUAAAUUAACAAAACUCAACCUUUGGAUAUUUUCAGUUUUUUAUAAAAUCUUUUUUAAUAUUUAACCGUGAAAAAAACGAAUUCGGUAGUAUAACUUCCUGUAUAUUUUUUAAGUACCUAAUUAAUCAAGUUAUUUAUGGGGGAGGGGUUCUCAAGAAAUAUUUGAGGGUUUAAUAACCUCUUAGUCUAUCGGUAUUUAGCGUUAUAGGAUUAAGGAGGGAACAUGUCCCUGGCUUUUCCGUGUCUGUUACACAUUUAUGCAUAAAAUAUUAUAAUUUAUAUUAAAUGCAUUGAAUAAAUGAAAAAUUGAUAAUCAUAUAUAUUAUGUAGUAGAAUUAUUUUCACUAGUGGUUUCCCAUUGGUUAUUGAUGAUAUAAUUGAAAAAUCAAAAUAGCAUAGACGAUUAAGAAAUAUUAUUGAAAAUAUACAAUGUUUCCCCUCGAAUUUUGAAAAAUGAACGCCCUUGCCUUAGCCUCCUUUUAAAUGCGCUUAUGGCAGUGUGGCACACAGUUUUUGAACAGUGUUCCAUGCUUUCUUCCUACACAUAAAACAAGAAACUUAAAAGUGGCAUAUCUCAUCAAGGAGUCAACGGAAAUUAAAAAUAUCAACACCAAAAUUUAAUUUAACUAUAAGAUCAAUUUAUAUAAUUUUAAUAUAGUUUAUUGUUUGAAAAUCAAGUGUUUAGUGAUGGUUUCACACCCCUCCUCUCACCAAAAAGGGGUGAAAAAAAUGUCACAUUUUAGAGAAGCUUGUUUUUUAAAAUUUCUGAAAAACAAAUUACAAGCAAAAUUAAUACUUUCCUAGAUAAUGCGUGUCUUAUCUUAUGUUGAUCACCCUGUAUAUAUACGUCCUGCAUCUUACGACUUAUGGCAAUAUACACUCUUAUAACAUUAAUCGGGUUUCGGGUGAUGUACUGGUACACAUACGGGUCGUUUUUUUUUAUUGCAUUAUAUUAUUAUUAUGGUAAGUACUCGCGUUCCUUGGUUUCCCGUCAAUUUAUAGACGCGACCCGAACGUUUGACCCCGUCCAAUCAUAUAGACUGCAGCAAUGCAGUGCGGUAGUCGAACAGUGGAAUAAUUGUUAUUAGAAAAUUAUCGCACGUAUACAUAAAAAAAAAUAUGUAUAUAUACGACUUUUUUAAUAGGUUAUUGUCGCGCAGUGGUUAUUAAAUUAUUGCGAUUUUUUUAAAAAUUAUAUUAUAAGCUAUACUGCGUCCGGUUUAUUAUAAAUUAUCAAGACUUAAGGAGGUGAGUUAAACUAAAAUAAAAAAAAAGAGCUGUUGUACUGCUGAUAGGUGUACGACUGUUUUAAGAGGGAAGGAGAACAUAGAGAAAUUUAAUGUAUAUUAUUGUAUGUAACGAAAAACAAUUGAACAGUGUACUAUAAAUCGGUGUAUAAGUCGUAUAUUUCCCUUGUUUCUAAAGUACUUUACCCAGGCCUCAACGAAAAUUAUAAAAAUAAUUGCCAGUUUUUUCAUUUAUUAAGACCAACUACUAAGAAAGUCUUCAAAUAACUUCCUCAAUACAUUAACUUGUUCAACAAUUCGACAAGAAAGUUCCUAUAAUAUUUUUGAUUGAGGCAUGAUUUCUGGUAGAAAAGUUAUUUACGGACACAAAACAAAUACAUCAUAAGUAAAACUAAUACAAUCCUUACUUCACUCAAAAUUAAAAAAAAAAAUGUAAUGUGCAAGAAUAUAGUAAUGCGGUAUUAUUAUAGCAAUGUACAUUUAUUAUUUAAAUUAUUUAAAUUAUUUUUGUUAUGCGAUAGUACAAUAUAUGUGUAUACCUACAAUAGAUAACAAUCGAUGUACAGGUAUAAGAAAAAAAAACCUGAAAAUUACAUUUAAACGUUUAAAAACCAAACAGUUUUGUUGUAUUUUUUUAUUUUUUUUAGCGAUAAUCAAAUCCUUUAAUUCGCUCGCAUAUCUCGCACAAAAACGGUCGUUGCGGUUAUUUUUCCCGUUUUAUUUAGGACGGAGCGAAAAAAAGAAAAAUUGUUUAAAGAAUUAUCAUAAAUUUUAGGCACCAACGACGGUGUGAAACUGGUCGGUCGGUCGCUCGCGUAUACGUUAAGUUGUAGUAGUCUUUUACGGUAAAUUUAUUUUAAAUACCAACAAUUUUUUUUUUAACUAAUAUAUGCGUAUAUUCUUUAGUUUUUUUUUUUAAUAUUAAUACUGCAGUAACCUAUACUCCCGCCCGAUUUUUAUGCUCGCAAAAACUCGAUUAUAAUAUACUACACAAAUAUAACGUGUACAAAAAAAAAAAAAAAAUAAUAAUAUAUUCAUACGCGUGUAUUUUUACCGCAUCGCUAGUAUUCCAAUAAUAGUAUAACGAAUAGGUACUUGGCUGUAGGUAUAUCCCGAUUAGAAUUCGUUCGCUAAAUCAAUUAUUUUUUUUUUCAGAAGGAGGUUUGUGUUUUUUUUAUCUAUAUAAAAUAUCUGUCGAGCGGUGUUCGUAGUGCAUAUUUGUUUUAUCAGUGACCACUAUACGAGUACAUAAUAACUACCUAUAGGUACCUAGUUGAUCAUCAUUAUUCAAAUAAAAUUCUUUAUCUAAAUAAUCAUUUACUACUAUACGAAUACAAUUUUAUGAUUCGAAUAAUUUUCAUUUAUUUAAUACAUUCUGUAAUAGCAUAAUAUUGUAAUAUAAUUUUUUCAUGAAUUCAUAUCGAAUAUAAGACACGGACUUUUCGCCUGGUAGUUUUUUAUUUGAAAAACCUACUACAGUAAUCUACUCGUGAGCAGUAUCAAUAACUUUUUAGAAAUUUUACUAUGGCCAUUUUAAAAAAUAUUUUAUAAUAAUUUUUCAUUCAAAUUUUACGAUUGGAAAUACUAUUAUUCCAAAGCAUUUGUUUUCAUAAAAAACCACCCAACUUACUACAGACUAAACUCGUAAAAAUAAUUUUUUGAUUUUCUCUAUAUUUAAACUGUACAUUUUUUUGGUUGAUUUUAGAGUUAUCUUGGCAACAAGGGGAAAAAUACGACUAAUCAUACUAUGUUCAGAUUCGUUUUUUUUAGCAGUGGUUUAUGGUUGCGUAUACAGAUAUAAAUUAAAUUGUUCUACAUAUUCUUUUAUUAUUAUUUUUUAACUAUUAAAAAGGUUUUAGUUAUAGUUGGGCUCACGAAAAUUGAUCGCUGGCGGCCAAUAUCAGAGUUCAAAUAUUUGAGUUCUCAGUAUUUUGUUAUUGUUCUCUACUACCACAUCAAUCUCUUCGUGAGUCAUGCGCAUAAUAUUUUUAUUUUAGAAGGGUUGAGGAGACAUAUGUUUGAAGCUGUUGGGUUAAAUUUCCAUUGUAAAUACGGUUGUCAGUGCUAACUUUUCGUGAGCCCGACUAUAGGUACUAUAUAAUAUUUGAGUUUUUUUUUGUAUGGCGUACGUUAUUUAAAAUUAUAUCCGAGCGGUGUAUGUGACUUAUAUACUCGAGUCGCGAUUAUUAUAUUUUAGAUAUUAAAAAAGUGUGAACAUUGACAUGCGCUGCUAUUAUAGCAUUUAUCAUCGAGACGGCGUGGCGUUUUAAUUAUUUCGGCCAAUCUAUAGAAUAAUUAAAAAAUAUAUAGGCGAUGAUAAAAGUUAAUAUCCGGGAACGCGAAGUCGUCGUCAUCUUAUGUAAACACAUACGUGCGGCUGUUAAUGGUAUACCUCUAUUUCUAUACAACGAUUGUUAGUUUUUUUUUCGUGUCAAACAAUACGCUCAAAAUAUAAUUAUUAUGUUUAUUAGUCAUGAUUUUGAUAAUAUAUCAUUACAAUAAUAAUAUACAGUACGAGUAUAUAGUCGUAUUAUACACGUGUUUACAUUCGAUCGUUUCAAUAAGUACCUAUUUAAGGUAUUAGGUUAGGUACUCUAGUAAGAACUUAAACGAUACUGAUAACUCGACAAAAAAUUAGAAAAUUGUAUGCGAAUACAAUUUCAUUUAAAAUAAUUAUCAACAAUAAUUAAUAUAAUAUACGAUUUAUUCGAAGAAAUUUCCAUAACUUUGUUAAUUUUAACCAGUUUUAGUAUCAUUUUAUUUCGAAUACCUAUAAUCAUGCACAAUUUAUGACCCGGGAAAAAAUGUCUCCACUUGCCUUUCAUUUAUAGUUAUUUCAGACUUAUAUAUUUACUAAAAAAAACGAAAAAUGCCUCUUUGAAAUAUAACCACAUGGUAAGUAUUUUCAAAAAUAUUUUAUAUCCAUUUUUAAUGUUUAUUUUAUAUUUAUAAUAUUUUGGUUUAAACAAUUUGUUUUUGAAAACUAUAUUCAAACGGAAUAUAACAUAAUCAAAUUUGCCAAUUCUGAUGAUUACAUUCUGGACGGUUCUAUAAGAGUUUGAAAUCCAUAAAACUCCAAGGAUAAUUAUUAUGAAAUUAUAUACUUUAUAACUACCUAUACGGUAUAUACAUUUAAGGGAACGUGAUAUCUCAAUUUACCGUUUUAGUCUAUAACUAACUAGGCCUUAUAGGGUAUUAUACCAAAAUUUUGGUAUGUAAUUUUUAUACAUUAUUAUAUUAGAACAUAACUUGUGGCAUUUAGAUUUAAAUUAGAGUUUAAAUAUAAAUAACGAUCUUUAAGAGGAGAUAAUUUUUGAGAACUGUACGUAGUUUUUAUCUAAACAAUAAUUGUCAUACAAAAAAAAAACUACCAUGGAUAUACAACUUUUUUGUAUGAUAGUUUUUCAGAAAAAGCUACGUACGGUCAUUAUAAAUAUCCUCUUCUUUAAAUGUUGUUAUUUUUGUGUUUAGAAUUUUAUUUAAACCUAAACGGGCUAAACGUCAUAAUUUAUGUUCUAGUAGAAUGUAAUUUUGCCAUGUUGCUGCCUGUUAGUUAGACUGAGACCUUAAAUAUGCGGGUAUCACGUGACUCUUGAAAUAUUACUUUUUAAAUGCAUAUAAUUUAUAAUAGUGUAAAUACUUUAUUCUAUUUUCAAAAGUUAUUUUUUGGACAAAAACAGUAUAGUACCUAGAUAUUAAUAUUAUUGGAGCGUAAGAGUUCAACUCUACCUACAUAAUAAUAUAUUUAAUUAAACAACGCGUUACGUACGGGUUUUCUUCCUCUAUUUUUUUUUUAAUUAAUUAAAAUAUAUUAUUAUUAUGCAUACCGCGGGCAUCGAAUAACGUGUCGGUUGUAUUAUAUAGGUAGCUGCCACACGAGAACAGUUAUUCUAAAUACAUUUCAUGAAUAUGAUAUUAUAUUCGUGAAAUUAACUCGUUGAAUUGUUAAUUUUUUUUUAUCUUUUUAACACAUAGUUUUUAAUCCAUAUUAAACCGUGUUCGUUGAUCAGACCGUAUAGAAAAAGUUUUUACACUUCGGUAAAAUAUAUGACUGAGAACACUAGAUUGUUUUUUUUUCUGCGACGUUGCCAUAUUUUUAAUCUUUUUUAUCGAACGAUCGAGCACGAUACUUGGUAUUGGUCUGUAGCUUAUAUAUAUAUAUAUAUAUAUAUAUAUAUAUAUGGAUUAUGGAACCUUUGUGGGCAAAAAUCAAAAUGAUAUUUAUCUCGGCUUCAUAGAAUUAUUUUAAUUUAUUUACCUAAUCGUUAUACACAAUAUUUAUGUAAAUAUAUUUUGUUCUCGUCGAAUAUGAUGCAAUUGAUAAACAACUAAAAAAAUAAUUAAAUAAAUUAAUAUAAUUGUUGAAAUAAUAAUAUGUCCGGUCGACAAAUAGUUAUGUAAUAAAAAUACGAUAACUCGAGUUAUUAUAUAGGGAAUCAGUGACGUAUCCAGGGGGGGACACGUCUUUCCUUCGUUGAUCGUAUUUUUAAUUUUAAUUUUUAGACUUAUUUUCUCUGUUACCGUAUUUAUAGAAACACGGUACAUAGUAUGAUAAAUUAAAUAGUUAAUGCCUGAUUUAUUAUAUGAAAUACAAAUUAAUUAUACAAAAUAUACAAUUAUUACAUGUUUUACUAAGAUAGUUUUUUUUUUGAUUGAAAAAUGAUUGGAUUUUUAAAUAAUGAUACCUGAAAAGAUGCCGAUUUUUCUCCUGAUAGUACUUUGAUUUAAACAUUGUUUGAAAAUCCUUACUGUUUUUCUAAACAAAAAUGACUUCAUUUUUCCUUGAAAAAAAAAUGUUUUCAGUUAGGCAGUAUAAGUACAUACUUUGAUUUACAAUGCUAUUACUUAGAUAUACAUUCUUAAUUAUAUAUAUAUGUAUAUAUAAUUUAUUUAUUAUCCUCCUCUCUACAUUUUAACAAUUCCGGAUACGUCAAUACGGAGAACCCAUUCGCGACGGUAACAAUAAAUAUUCGGUAGGGAUAUUUUUUAUGUUUUAUUAUGGUGUUGUCUCUGUGAACAACUUUUCUACCAGAAAUAUCGCUCCAAUUUUCAAGACUUGAAAAUAAUUGUUACACUUAGGUUUUUAUAUUUUUUGAAAGAAAAUUUUUGCUAGGUGCAUUAAUGAUAUGUUUUUGAUUUUCCUUGUAGUUUUUUAAAUAAUUUAAAAAACCGGAGUAAAAGAUAGAAAAUCGGGAAAAUGUACGGUAAUAACGGUUUCAUUUGUUUGGUUUUUUUUUUUAAAUUCAGUUAAUAAUAUUUGUAGUGAUCUGAAAUUUUUACAUAAUACUUUAUUUUUUUUUUUUUGAAAUGACCUAUUGUAAAAUAAUAUCACGAACCACGGUUUGUCACCGUCGUCGGUGACGUUGACGGAAUAGCUGGUUAAAAGGGGAAUAGUUAUUCAGUAUUAAUCCAUAAUAGUAUAUACACAUUUCAUGUAAAUAAUCAUUUUUUUUCAAUCUACAGUUGUCCAUUGUAUAAUAUUAUACCUACAUACGAAUUAUUAUAUUUUUAUCAUUUUUGUACAUCGUGGUAAUUGGUCUUCAAAUAACAUUAUACCUACAUAUUAUAAUUUUAGUGACAGUAUUAUAACUAAUAUUAUAACAUACAAAAUGUAUACCGCUAUCAUCACGCGCAAGUUUCAGGGCCUUAGAAGGGACAUUUUCAACGGGAAAUCCAUUAGCUGACUAUAGACACUAUUUUUUUUUUUUACUAUUUUAAUGUCAUCAAGAUCGUAUGUUUAAUGUACAAUUUUGCUAUGAAACAUCACCUAUUUUCAUGAAUUGAUUUUCAAUUAUCGUAAACUUAGUAUAUCAUAAUGAGAUUAAAAAUGAAAUACUGUUUACCCCCAGUGUUCACCAAAAAUAUCUUUGAACUAUAUAGAUUAUAUCCGUUUUUCUCCAAGUAUUACGAAUCUAUUUAAAACUGUAUAACAGGUUAUUCUGCACCUUUUCAAUUUCUGCAUUAAGUUAUUUUUGAGAUUUUUAAGGUAUAAUCAACUCUAAUUGUUUAAAAAAAUGUUUAGAAAAAAAAAUUGGCUUACAUUUUUUUUUAUACAAAUUAUUAGGUGGAUAUCUUAUAUUGGAAAAAAAUAGCCUAUACUCGUAUAGUAGAUAUAGAUGUUUUUUUCUGUAAAAAUAUGAACAGUGGAAGAAAACGAUGUAUCACUUUUUCAGGAAGAAAAUGGAUAGCUAUAUAUACUAAUUUAAUUUUUAUAUUAUUUCUUUUGGAGAUGAUUUUUUCUUAAACGAUAACGCGUAAACCCGUACAAUUUAACAUUUAUGAAGUCGAUUAUUAGGAUGAAGGAUGGGAAUGUCUCCUGAACUCUCCUGAUUUUUAAACAAAUGAUAUUGUGUUUUACAAAAUAAAUCUAAAUAAUCAUUAUCAAAUAAUAUGAAAUGGAAUAUCAAUGUCCAUAAUUUUAUUAUAAUAUUAGAAUUGGAAGGCAAUAUUUUUGAAGUUGAAGGGCAGAGAGCCGCAGACCGAUGGAGAAUUAUAUGAUGCGUACGUUUAUCAUGUAAAUUAAUUUCAAGAGAAUCGCCUAUAUAAUGGACAGUAAAUGAUACCCUUUAUAGUUAAACAGUAGAAUACUUCACGUCGAUUUAAAAGAGUAAAUAUCAUAUCACUUGACCUUUUUUAUUUUUAAACCCUAACAGAUAACUCUAUACAGAUUACAAAUAAUAUAUAAUAUCAUGUUAUCAACUAUAGUACACAGGAUGUACAUCCGCCCAUGUGUUAACACGACGUUGAAGUUGACAUAUUAUUUAUUUUUGUAGAUUAGACUGCGUCGCACAUGCGGUGACAGAGUCGAAGAAGACCAUGACGACCGUAUAAUUAUAAAAACAUCCCUCGUAAUUAUUAUAUAGACUAAAAAUAUACAUGCAUUAUAAUAAUAAUAUAUACGGUCGUCGCGAAUAUCGAAAACAAUAAUAGAUUGAAAUUUGGAAUUCCUCGGGUGAAAGUACAUUAUAAAUAUUUUUUCACGAUCAAAUAACAAUUACUAAGUACCUAAUAUAUACCUAGGUAUAUGUACCUAUUGCGUUUUCAUCGUGUUUGGGAACCGAGAAAGAAUGUAUAGUAGUCGUCAGGUAUUCUUGACGGUGAAUAAUAAACGCACAAAAAAAGAAAAAAGACAACAGCUCUCGGCGAAUCGGUACGAGUUUCGUAGUGUUCGCGAAUGCGUAUAGGACGUAGCUAUUAUGUUAUGAUCUUGUUGAAUAUCUACGUGAUAACUGUCGAGUUUCGUGAACAUUUUUUUUUCGAAUGCAGUAGUUUUGUGAAAAACUGUAAAUUGGCCAUAGUGUUGUCAACGAUUUUGCCUCGAUAAAUUGAAAAUAUAUAUUCUAAUAAACAAUAAUACAUCGCAGGUCAGCAGCAGUGUUUGUACGGGGCAUUGGAUAUAAAAAUAAAUGAAAUGAAAAUGGUAGUAGUUUAAAUAGGAUUAGGAAUAGAUUUGUAUUUACACACAAAAAGUAUAGUCUAAGAGUAUAUAUUAAUGGCGUUUAUAAUAUCAUAGCGAGAAAAACGUGAAAAAAUAUCAAUUGGUUAUAUAGUUGCGAGGAUAAAAUUGGCCGAAGAAAAUGUGUGGUUUUCCAAAUUAUUAAAAAACUACCAGAAAAAUAAAAGAAAAAUUCGCUAUCUCGUUGCACAAAAACUAAACGAAAUUCGUUCCCAGAAAUUACCCCUGAAUUCGACAAUCGAUACAAGAUUUUGAUAGAAAUGUUGUUGGCAAUCAAAUAAAUUUUAAGUUUGGAUAAGGGAGAGUAGCGGGACCACUAUUCAAACGCCACGCACCAUACAGCCCUAUACAUAAUGCUCCACUACUUUCUCUUACCCCAACUCAAAAGUAGAAUAUAUCAUCAAUAUCAACACAAAAAUGUAUUUAAACUUAUAAAUCAUCUAUUUAUGGAAUGUUUACUAUAGUCGUUUCACCCCUAAAAAUAAAAAUGACAAAAAAAAAAAUUAAAUAUAAUAUUUUAUAGCUAUUUUUUUUGUUAAAUUGUCAAAAAAUAUUAAUACUUUACGAAAUAAUGAGCGUAUUGCGUAAAAUGAAUCGCCUUAUACAUGUAAAAUCGACCGUAGAAAAUUGAAAAAAAUAAAAUAAAAUACUGCAACUUUACUUAACAUUACAAAUUGCAUUCUUCUAGCUUAGCGUGGUCGUAAAAAAAUAUAGUGUGCGAUACGAUUGAUAACAAUAAUAUGUAUAAUAUAUGCAUCAUAAUAUCGCGGUCGUGUGAAUAUUGGCGUUCUAUGCGGCGAGCGUGAGAGUCGGCGUAUAAUAAUAUUAUAUCAAUGAUUAAUACAUAGACGUAGGUAUACCGAUAUAUUGGCCUGUGCACGAAAUAAUCGUAAAAUCCUGCACUAUAUCGUACAAAAUUAUGAUUGUAAAAACGAAUAAUUCACGCGGCGGUCAAAAAACGAAAAUAUCUAUAGGUAUAGGCACUAUAGGUAUCUACAGCAUUUUCGAUUUAUAUUAUCGAGGUUAAUGAAGUAUUGAGGCGGUGCGUGAUGCGAACCUCAUGAUUUCUGCAGAAGUGUUUCGUUUCGAAUCAAUAUAUACGGUCUCGAAUCUCGUAGAAAUAAAGCAAUAAAGUUUUGGUGGAAAAAAUCCAGUUCAAGAUUUCAAGCUUAGGCUACAUGGAAUAAUGUAUACAACCUUGAUAUUGUUAAUUUGUUUUCUCUGUUAACACGACCCAAAGACUUGCUCCAAUCGAAAAAACACCGAGAGUAGUAAUUUGUGUAUUCGGUGAUGCGUUGAAGAGAUAAUUUUUUUUUUUUUAAACACCUUGUGCAGUUACAAAAAACAAAAUCGAAAAUAAUGAAACCGUUAUCAUCGUUAAUAUCGAAAUCUGUUUUUACUGUACGUUUUUCCCCAAUUGUUAAGAAAAUUACAAGAUAAAUCGAAAAAUUACCUUCCCAACGCACCAACUAGAUCCAAACUGAUACAAAUAAAGCUCUCUUGUCAUUUUUUGAUCGGUACGGGAUUGCCAGUGGAAAAGUUGUGUGCAGACAAAAAAAAUACACACACAAUAAUAACAAAUUAUUUUGUAGUAUAAAUUGUAUUGUAAAAGUUCAAGUUCGGCGCAGGUCAUCGUCAUGCAAUAAUAUACUAGCUAUAGGCGGUACAUUUCUGUCAAAUCUGCUGUGGUUUGUAAAAAUCUGUCUGUCGUUCCCAAAUUAACCCGUUCUAUAUAUUUAUUGUAAUAGAGUUUUUGCAUGCGGUCCCGUUUUUCAUUAUUUAUUGUAAUAGAUUUUUCCAAUUUCGACCUGCUGUGUUUAGCAUUACUUUGUAUACAUGCAUCCUUAUUGCCAAUGUAAAAUUGGAGAAACUCGGUUUUUUUCCGUUGAUUUCCGUUAGUUUCUGUUUUCUUUGGUUUAAAAAAAAAACCCGCUACAGAAAAUCUCACUAUCGUCGCAUGUUUACUUCUUUUCUUUUUUGUAAUUUCCCUUUCGAAAUACACUACAUAAUAUGUUGGUUUUGGGAUGUUCGGAUAUCUGUAAUAUAAUAUAAUAGUCUUGUGCCAUGUUUUACUCUAUCGUUAAUUUGUUCGUAAACAUUUUUUUUUUUUUUUGGUAUACAAUUACGGAAUAACGGCGAUACAAUUCGACUGAUUAACAAAAUGGCAGAUAACAUCAGUAUAAUAUCAGUAUAAUAUAAUGGUAAAAGGUACCAAUCGGCAGCAAUAUACCUAAGAAUCGCAAGACGUUACCAAAGACGUUUGCAUUAGUUAUCUCGCAUCAUAAUCACGCCAUCCACUUUAUCACAAUAUCAAAUUCUUGUCACAAUCGAAAUAUUGAUUUUGGCAUGAUUCCACUUUAUUAUGACAAUGCAUAUGCACGUGAUUAGUAAUAUAAAACCAACACCAAAAAGCGAUAAUAAAAGUGUUAAGAUUUACUUAACCUUUUGGUUGCUUUAUUAAUUCGGUACCCAAGUAAUUACUCAUUAGGUACUUAUACGAAAAUUUAAAAAAAUUGAAUAUAUUUAAGUAUAAUUAAGUAUAUUUCUAAGUAUUCUAGUUAUUUUAAAUAAUUAAUUGGUACCUAGCUAACAUAUAAUAUUCAAAAAUGCAAAUGUAUGAAUUAUGGUAAAAAGUCCGACAUAUAAUUGUUACCUAUUAUUUCUACAAAAUGCAGUGAAUUAUUAUUUUAUGCACUCAUAAUUUUUGGAUUCAUUACACUGUAGUUACCCUUGUACAAAUCAACUUUAAUUUCGUUAUUCAAAAUACUGCGGAUAAUAUAAGUCUUAUUUUCAUAUAAUGUUGGAUAUAUAUAAUGCUUUAACUCACAAAACCACAUUUGCAUUAUAGAUAUUUUAGGGAUUGUAAUAACAUUUUGUGAACGAAGUAAUCAAAUUUCUAUUAUGAUGGUGAGAAUGUUAUGUAAUAAUAUGAGAAACGCGGUCAUGUUGUGAAAAUAAUGAUAGCCAAUGUGUUGUUAUUCGGCUGUAGCGGCUAGCAAUUCCCUUAUCGCCUACCGGCAGGCGCUCCAAAAUGACGAUAAAUAAAUAUUUUAGGUAUGUACGGUAAAAGGAAAAGAAAAAAAAUCAAAACAUCACCUUGUACCGGUGAACACGGGUGUAAUAUAUUAAUGUCUAUACCUGCCUGCAAUUUAUUUCGAGUUGUCUUUGUGGCACGCAAACUACCGGCUUUACACGUACCGGCCGUAAUGACCCGCCACACAAAAUAUUUUUUAUGCGUCAUUCAUCGUGGUGCAAAAUCAUCGUGAAUUACACAUAAAGCGGGUAUAAUAUAAUAAUACUAUAAUCCGAUGAAAUCGCUUUGUUAUAUCCAUCGCGGUGACUAACGAUGAACCGAAGAAAAACGAAAAUAGUAGUAUAGCAGUAGAAAUGUGAACAUUUUAUAAGAUAUCGUGGAGAUAUGUGGUAUAUUAAUUGUAACCAAGUUUGAAUCAUGGAAUAAAUUAUAUAUAUAUCAGAGGUAACUUAUUAGGAAUAGGACAAAUCUAUAAAGGAACAUUAUUAUUGAGAGAGAACGAAUAUUUGGCAGAGGUGAAAAUUUCAUACCAAUUAAGUAAUCCUGUAGUUUGGAUAAGCGACGACGCUUAAAAGUUUUAAAGUAUACCGAGGGUAAAAACUUCAGAGCUUGAAACCGAUUAAUACCGGUAUAAACCGAAAUCGAAAUCGGAAAAAAACCUAAAAAGUUGACGCACUUAUAGGUAAACUAGUAUUAUAAAAAAAUAAUAAAUUCUUCUCCAAAACGUUAAUCAAAUCAGAUAAAAUUCGUUCGGAGAGCACCGAAGCCCGGGAACGAUCCAAUCAAGUCGUUAAUAAUUUUGUAUACGUUUUGAAGUUUCGUGUUUGUAUAUUAAGGAAACUACGAGCGUAAAAAAGUCAAUAAUAAAAAGAAUUCCGUUACCGGCUCGGUAUACCCACCUAACCUAGAAAUUUUGUUGUCCGAAUGAUAAUGAUUAUGGUCGCCAUCAUUAUAUUUUGUAUCGUAUUAUUAUCAUUAUUAUUGUCAUUACGGUCAUUACGACGUGUUAAGGACCGGGCGAACUCAUUUUUUUUUCUGCCGAUAAAGCCUAUGUCAGAGAGGGGAAAUAUACCGGUGAAAUGGGGGUCACACAUACCACUCCCCCUCAGAAAGGUUUUUCUAAACAUAUUUCGGUAUUUUUCAAAAUUUCGCUCGGUCGGUGCGUCCGUCUACCAUCAUCGCGGAGACGACGGACUCACUUCGUCAUCCGGAUACGCAUUAUUUCAAUAUAUUAUAAUCCCUACACGUGCAACGCACGUUUAUAAAACAAACGUCUUGUUCCAAAAAAAAAAAAUAAUAAUAAUUACGCGUUCCGGUGAAAGAAACGCUAUACUCGUUAUGAAAUAAUAAUGUUAUUAUUGGAUACCGACCAACGGCGAUUGUCGAAGCAUCGUAUAAUAUUAAUUUAUGUGUGUGUUACGACGACCCAGACGACGUAUCGCGUGUCACGUGCUGGCGGUGUAAACAUCGGAAAAAAAAAAAAUCAAAAACCAUAAAAUACUUACGUUGAAAUUGUUAUUAUUAUGUUAUCGUUAUCGGGGCUAUCGAUACUCGCCUCGAACGACGCAAUUGCCCGCGUGCAGUGUCGGGCCACUCGUGAUCGGCGCCACCACCGCCACCUUGUAACAGACUUGGAGGAGUGCCGAAACGACCACGGCGACGUCUCCACAAUAUCGGAGACGUCGCACAUAAUAUGGGUGCAACAAUAUAAUGUAACACUCCACUACACCAGACACGUCAAAACGUUAUCAAAAUGUUUGGCUACGCGGGGAUUUGAGAGUGUUUGAAAAAAUGAUUGCCCCAUAAUGUAUACGAGUCUUUGAUUUUUGUUUGCUAUCGUUAUAUAGCGCGGUCUGUAGUAAACCGAUACGGUUUGUGUUUUAAAUAAAACAAACGAAACGGUUCUAGGUCACUUUGUACGGUCAAGCAUGAAAAACACGGAACGCGGACAUUUUGUACGGUCGGCUAAAAAGGAAGAACGCAGAACGUAGACACUUUGUACUGUUCUAUACAUAUGUACAGUUAAAUAUAUUAUAAACAUCAAAUUUUAUUUGCCUUGAUUAUAUAAACCAAUAUCAAAUAAAAGUAUUAAAACGCGUACACUUUGUACUAUUAUUAUGUAUUAUAUAUAUGAAAACCAUGUUGAAUAUCAAAAUUAAAGUGAAUUGUUCGAAUAAUAAUGUCCAACAUCAACAUGUUACAAAAAAAAAAAACUAAAAACUAAAAAUGUAAAAAGUAAAACUCUGAAGUCUUAAAAUAAUUUAAUAGUAAACGCGUUUUCUAAAUACAUUUUAAACAAUAUACCUAAACCAUAAUAAUUCUAACUAUUAAAAAUGUUUUCUGUUUAUUUAGUUACUAUUCCUAAUAAUACCUAUGUACAUAUUAUAUUAUUUUACAAUGAUCCUAUUGUAAAGUAAAUUUAAAAAAAUUCAGACAUAUUCCGCACCAUGGGUAAUAAGUCCAUACAAUAAGUCAUUGUUGUGAGCGAUAGUAGUCCAGAAGGUAUAGGAUAAUUUAAUUUAUAAUUUGAGAUUUAUCGCAAACGAAAAAUGAUUAUGAGUAAAUUAGUAUUGAUCGUGUUAUUUUCUUUGCUACUUAAAAAUUUAACACAGAAAUCAACAAAAAUCAAAAUAACUAAAAAUAAUAAUAACUUUACAAAUAAUAUAUCUUUGUUAACCAAAUCACAAACCGUAACUAUACCAAUAACUACACGAGUAUACCGAUGUACGUCGGACGGACAUGGACGUAACUUGGAUACCUAUAAGGUAUCCAAACACAGACAUUUAAAAAAUAGCCAAAAUAUGCAAUAAUUACGUAGUAGUCUGAUCAUAAACCUGCAACGUGUUCAAAAUUUAUUCUCACAGUGGUUAGGUUUGUUUAUGUUUUUUUCGUCCUGCGGUAGGUAAAUAUAGGGUACCCGUUGCAGUCAACCAGUAACGAUUUCCUCGGUUAAAAACUAAUUAUAAUUUACGCUUUACAUAAUAAAACGGUCUGUGGCAUGAUAAUCUAUCAUCGGAAAUAACGUAAUUUAUUAUUUAUGUAUAACUAUCAAAUAUCUACUUACCGGAAACACGGGUGCGUUAUUAAAAAGUCGUUUAUUGUGUCACGUCGAUUACCGUAGGAAUUCGAACUGGUUUCCGCGGAGAACUUUUGUACUUUAUAUACGCGUUACCUAUGUAUACAAUUAUAUAUCAAGGUACUUUUUUUUAAGUCCCCGAACUCUGUCCUGUUCUGAACAAAUAUUAAAUAAUAUGUUAUUUGAGUGGUCCACCAAAAUGUUUAAGUUCACUACCUCCAUGUUAUUGGUACAAUAACAUAAUUAGAGACAAUAUCAUAUACAUUCCGAAAACAUUUUUUCCAAGCUCGUUAAUCUAAUCUCGGACCGCUGUAAAAAAUUCGAAGAUAGUAACGCAACUGAAAUAAUUUUUAUCAAUUAUUAAUCUCGACACUUACUAUAUAAUAUUAUAUUAGUAUACACGAUCCAUAUAGUCUUGAGUCCGUCCGUCCGUUUUCUGCAGACCCAACCCGAUUUGUAUUGUCGGUUUAACUCGUGACUCCCGAUUAUAUUAAAAUACUAUUGUAUAUAAUCAUGUUCCAAACGUAUAUUAUUUUAUUUCAGCUAUCCACUGCAAAGUUCAUCUAUAAUAUAUAAAUGCAAUUUACAGGCACGACCGCUGUCCUCGUGUACAAUUAUUACUAUCUAUAUCAGGACACGAUUCAUACAAUAAUACCUACUAUAAUAUUUUACUUUAGUUUUUGAUAGGAGAUUACACGCGUUUCGGUUAUGCCCCGUUUAAAAUUAUAAUAUAAUAUUAUGUAGUUCAAAACAAUAAAUCUACUAUUGGGUGGUAGGAGUGCAGUGCUGACAGUGCUGCGAACUGUGUCCUCACAAAUACAACACCUACCUAUAAACAUAUAACACGACUACAGUAGUAGAUGCAUAUAAUAUAUUAGAUACGAUCUACAGAAAUCUCCUAAUAAUUUAUACAGGUAUACUCAGUGGUUCAAAUGGAAUAAACGCCGAGGGGUUACUAUAUUUACCAACAAUUGAGGGGAAUUCCUGAGAACUAACUUGACCCUGUCAAACAUUCAGGAAACCCGUCGUAUGACGGCAAGAAUUUUUACGUGUAUUUCUACUACAAAUAAUUGUUUAUAACAAUGUUUCACUUAUAGGGUUUAAAAAUAAAACUUUAUUGGGGAUAAAUAACCUAAUAAUAAUAAUAAAAUAAAAAAAAAAUUUUUUUUAGUGAUUGGGGUGAAAAUAAUAAUUUAAUUUUCUCUAUACAUGUGUUUUUUUGACAUAAAAUCCGAUUGAAAAAAAAAUAUAAAUAAAAUUGAAUAUUAAUAGAGAUAUGCAAAUAUAUAGAACUCGGCGAGACACCUUGCAUAUGAUAUGCAUUAUAGGACAUUUUAAUUUCUAAACUGAAAUCAUCGAUAAAUCAUUGCGAUCAUAAAAACGAUUCUUAGUUGAGUAGUCGUGUAUGCUUAGUCGUGUGUGUUUUACUUGUUACCAAGGUAAUCUGAAAAUUAUUUGUAUUUUUACAUUACUAUGGUAUUAUUGUAACACCUACGUAUAUUUAUUAUUCCUUUAUUUAAAUAUUGAUUUUGUUUACAAAAAUAUCAAAAGUAGAAGUAUAUGUUAGGUAAGUUUUUAUUUUACCAACGAAUUAUAAGCAUUAAAGAGCUAUAUAUUUUGAAAACAAAACAAAAUUGAAAAUGAUAAAUUCUAAUCAUUUGUAGUUGAACAGAAAAUGCGUAUUAUACGGAAAUCAUUACUUGUUGAAGUUUUCUUUCAUAACUUCAGAUUUUUUUUUGGAACACGAUGCGAAAAUUUAAAUUUUGAAAUUAUUCAUAUUGAAAGGUCACUAAACUAGAAUUAUUUCUAAAAAAAAAAAAAAAAACACUUAUACUAUAUGUUUACUACAUUCUGCUGUGAUAAUAAUAUUAUAUUCGAGGAGGGAUCGCGUUUAACGGAUUUUUGGAUUCAAAGCGUAGUGAUAGGGAUCACACAUCGACAAACAUUUACGGUGUGCCAUGACGUUACCGUUUUCAUUGUUUUUAAUUUUUGUUCACGAUGUUUUCCACCCGAAGUAUUGCUACAAUCAAAAAAUGACAAUAGAUUGAUUUUUUUGUAUUUUUAAUCUCAUCUGUGAAUAAGUAAUUUGUUUUUUGAUUUUCCUGGUGGUUUUUGUAAUAAUUGAGAAAACUUCGUGGAUAAAAUUCAACAGACUAAACAGAAAUGUUUGACAAUUUGACAGGAGGCUCAUUAUAAGUCGAAUUUAGCGGUAAAAACCAUAAAUAUUACGGCCUUUCAAAACAUGUAUAAUCGAACUUCGAUCCGUAGCUAGAUUCUCGUUAGCAAUAGUUUAUUGUUGAUUACAGCUAUAAAUUAAAUAACUUUUUGUGUAUCCUACCUUUUUAAAACCCAUCUACAACAGUGGCCACACCGUCCUAAUUAUCAGCUUUAUUUUUUUUUCUCGAUUUACUGGCGUUCUUUUUUAAUUUAAUAUACAAAAUUGAUUAGGCUAACCGAAUAGGUAGGUUACUACCUAUACAUUGUUCAUAUAGAAAUAAAAUAAUAUUUUUAUUUCGUCGCGGUCACCGGCUCGUCGGGUAUCUCGUAGAUACCGUUCGUUUGCAUUGUGACGUCGCAUCUACUCGUAUAUCGUUAACGGUCUUUUUUUCAUUUUUUUUUUUGUUCCAGUUCUGGCAAGUCAUAUCCGAAGAGCACGGAAUCGACUACACGGGAUUCUACAAAGGCGAUUCCGACUUACAAUUAGAACGCAUUAACGUCUACUACAACGAAGGGUCCGGUAAGCCAUAAUAACAAUAAUAAUAAUAUACGAGGUAUAGGUAUAGGUAUAGGUUUACUGAGGUUUACCUCUAAAUUACUUGCAAUCGUGGCAUAAUAAAGAUGGUCGUUAAGACACGUAUUUCUAAGAUCUCCACGGUAGGUAAUAAUAACUAUCAUUGUCCAUUAUAUGAUAAUCAUAAUCCACCGUAUUGACCUUAAAAAGUUCAGCCCGUAUAGGUUUUGCCCAAAGUCAGAAAAAUAACUAGUGGGUUUUUGUGCGAAACAUGAUUCAAUUUAAAUUUAACAGGAGAUAACCAAAAGGUUAUUUUAUUUAUUUAAAAAAAAAAACAAAUGAUUUUAAGAUUAAUGGGGUUGGAAACAAUUUUCUAAAUGCUGUGAGAUUAUGGCGCCGUUGUACAGACGGAUAUGACGCUUUAGAAGUUUAGACCAAUAAGAUGGAGUAGCAAACCUCAGCCAAAUUCGUCCGUUCAAUUUUAAUUUUAAAAACGUAUUUGAAUUCUUUGAUUUUCUUUGAGUGUUUUGUAGUUAAAAUUCGUUCGUUUUGUUCGUUUUAGAUUCGGAGCGUAGCGAGGGAUUUGUUGGUUUUACUUAGAUGUGUGUUUUUUUUAUUUUAAUUUUUCUAUCUGUACACAAGUUUUGAAAAGAAAAUUUGAUUUGAUGUGUCGAGUGUAGCAGAUUUCUUUCAGAAAGAAAAUUUUUUUCUAAUCGGUGCAUUAAACAGGUCAUUUUUUUAUUAUUAAUUUGUUAGAGUAAACAGAAAUGCUUGAACAUUUGACAGGAGGUUUAUAAUAAGUCAUACUUAGUGGUAAAAAAAAAAUUGAGUGCAAUGUAAUAUUUUUUUUUAUUUAAAGAAUUUUAAAAUCAAAUUUUGAGGAAAAUCUUCAUUCUGAAUCGUUUUUUGUUAGCAAUGGUUUAUCGUUAUUUAUUGUUAUUAUACUUAUAAAUUAAAUACAUUUAUGUAUCAGGACUUCACACCUACAACAUUAGCGUACCCGUUCCCAGUAUUAGUUUUUUCGUUUAGUUUUCAUGAUGAUUAGUACAUGAUAAAUUUAGUUAAAUUUUGACUAAAUAGUUUGCCCAGACCAGUGUUGAGAAAUAUGAGUACACAUAUUACUUAUUCAUAAAAAAAAUAUCGGGGACGAGUGCAGGUACUGUUGUAGAUGGGAAGUUAAGAAGGUAGGAUAACUAAAAUUAGAAACUAUUCUUAAUAUUCUUAGAAUCUACAUGUUUAAAAUCUUAGUAAAUUAAAUAAAAUUAAUUUCCUAGUUCCUACUCUAAAAAUGAAAAAACAUAUUAUUUGAAAUGUUAAUAAAAAUUAUUUGUAAAUUUGACGUUUGUCAUUAUUAAAUAAGUUGUAUGUUGUUUGUUACCAUUUUAAACCGUUAUCACUGAGAUACCGUUUAUAUCACGGUUAUACAUAACUAAAUUAGUAACUUAUGAAGUGAUAUCAAUACUAAACAAUUUCUAAGCAAUAUUAUCACUAAAAUAACGUAAGUUUCAUUUUUUUCCUAAUAGAAAGAACAGAAAUCUGCGUUCAUGUUCCACAUAAAUAGGAACUCCUUCUCGUUCCUCGUUCCUAUAUUUGAAAAGGAAUGCGUUCCAAGCUUCGUUCCUUCCCAACACUGGCCCAGACACAAAAAAACAUAUUUACCUACAUUUUAGUGGGUAAAUACUUAUAAAUAUAUUAAAUAUUGAUGUUCGAAAAUCUAGUUGACAAAAUAUCACGAGUAGUUUUAAUCGACCUGACUCGUUACCGGAACCGAAGGAUUUGUUAUUUUUUUUUACAUCGUGGAUUCGACUUGCACCUCUUUGUAUUUCAGUCACUCAUAAAACGCGUACACAGAACACGGUUUUAUGUGGUCGUGUUAUGUCGAAAAAAAAAACAACGAACAUCAUAAACGUUGUGAAUAGUGUUUUUAUUCUAAACCUUAAAAGUACCUCAUAAAUUAAUUUUUAUAAAAUAUAUAGUUUAUAUUAAUAAUAAAUAUUGACGAAAACAUAACUAAAAAUGAUAAGAAAAACAAUAACAAACUAAAGUAUUUAAAUAUUUAUUUUUUAUUUUUUUAAAACGUUACUAUAAUUUAUUUAGCUCUCUAUAAUACACGACAUAUUAUUAUUUUAGAAUAAUAAUAUUAUUAUUCAAGUAGUUUUACGAUUACAUACAAAUAUUUUAAGGUAACACAUUAUAUUCGAAAAAUGUUUUGUCUGUAUUCGUAUCUACAGGUAUAUUGUUUUAAUUUUGUUUAUAUAUUAAUAUUCUAGUAUACACAUCAAAUUAUGACUGGUAAUAACAUAACUGUUAUUGUUAUUGCUACUUAGGUGAAAUAUUAUAUAGGCACGCAUAAUGAAAAUACGCUGUUUGCGCUGCUAUUGUUAUUAAUUGUUGUACGAACGACAUACGAGCCUACGGCAGAGUCGAAUAAAUAAAAUUACCUACUGGCCCAAGAUUAACCCGUUUUUGGGGACACCAAAUUUUACUAAAAAUUAAAAACAAUUUUCUUUAAUAUCUUAUAUGACAUGUUUAUUAAAUAUAGUCGUUUUUAAAUAUUUUAGGUAUUAAUAUAAAAUUUGGAAUAGUUUUUAAAAUUAUAUUUUUUAGAUUAGAAAUGUAUUGAUUUUACUAUGAUGUUUAUUUGUUUUUCCUUUGUUUUUUUUAUUGCUUUUUUCUGUGAACAACUUUUCAACCAGAAAACUUGCUCCGGUUUUUAAGUGUAGCAUCUAUUCAAAAAGAACAUUUUGUCUAGUUUAUUUAAUAAGUAGUCGGUUUUUGACUUCUCUUGUUGUUUUCUUAAUUAUAGGGAAAAACAAAAGUAAAAUGGGAAAAGAUGGAUAAUAGAUUUCAAUAUUUUUGAUUUUGUUUUUGUUGUAGUUCGGUUAAAUAUAAUCAUAGAAACUUGCAAUUUUCAAAAAAUAAUGAAAAUCUCCUUUUCUAAACGUGGUACAAGGUAAGCAUUAGAUGUUUUUUUUAGCAAAUUUGGAAAACCGUAUUUAACCUCCUUUUAAUUUUACUUUUUAGAUUAUGUGGAAAGCGAGAGAUGUAUUAGAUUAUGAUUUGUUGUUCUUUGUGUCUGUAAACAACUUUUUAUCAAAACUCUUGUUCCAAUCAAAAACUUUAUGAUGACUUUCUUGUAAAAUGAUUGAUUUUAUUAGUGUAUUGAAGAGGUAUUUUUUUGAUUUUCUUUAUAGUUUUCUUAAUAAAUGGGAAAAACUGGAAAUGCUUUGUUCAUUUCCAUGUUACCUUGGUAAUAAGGGAAUUAAUACAACUAAUAAUACUCUGUACAAAGUCGUUUUUCAUUAGCAAUGGUUUAUCGUGGCUUAUUGAUAUAAAUUAAAGUACUCUACCUAUAUAUAUAUUAUACUCCUUUACAACUUCUCUCUUAAAUCAAAGACACACCUAUCAGGAGUUUUUAUUUUUGGGUUUUGUAAAAUUGUUUAUUUAGUUUUUUGAUAAUAAGGACAAUUAAUGUUAGACAAAAGUAAAUUAUUCCAGAAAUAUCAAUUUACCUACAAUACCUACUUUGUAGUUAUUUUAAACUCUCAACUUCAUACAGUUAACUUGAUUUAAUUCAAAUUAUUUAACUCAUUAUUUAUUAAUAGUUAAUGUGAAAACAAAAUAUUAAUAUAACUAUUAAAUGUUCAACUCUUUAGUGAGAGUUAUUUCAACGACGGUAUAGGACCAAUUUCGAUGAAUAAUUUAUAAGUAUCGAAAUCAAUACAACGAGACGGUUCGGUUAAGUUAUAGGUUAUGCGUCGCAUAUAACGACACAAUUUCGACGUUUUUUUGAAAGUAUCAUGAUUUCUACAUGCCUUAUCAAUUAGAUAGGUAUAGGCGUAUAGUGUGUUCUCGGCUUCUCGCUAAAUAUUUCAACCCAAUGAUGGACUUAUAUCAAAGUAGUGAUUUUUGAAGAAAUUAAGGGGAUGCCAAAAUAUAUACUGCAUAUAGCUAAUUUUCAAAAAUGAUGUUGAUUUUCAAAUUUGUUUAAAUUAACUCUUAUAUUUAGCAAUACAAGAAACGAACCUAGUCCUAUUUUUACUUUUUCUAUAUUUAAGGUAAGGAAGUAUUGUUUUGACACUUAAAAGUCGUCAUAUUGGCGUAUUUCAGGGGCCUAAGCGUGGUUUAGUCCAUUCCAUUGGCCGUGUUAAAUACAAAAUAAUAAUAUAAACUGAUGAGCAUUAAAAACUUAUUUCUAAUGAAAUAAUAAUCAAUAGGUAUACAUAUUUUGCAUUGUUUAUUCAAAUAAGUACAAAUAAUUGUACCUAUUACAACAUAUUACUUAACUUUUUUUUUUUAGUAUUUUUUUGUUUAGCUAGCCCCCCCCCCUCAUUAGAAAAUUCUAGGUAGACCACUGAAAAUCGGUAUCAAGUUUUCACAGGAAAUACAUCAUCAUAUUUUGAGCUUAUAAAAUUGCUUAAAUCCAAAAAGGCUGUUUUUAGAAAAUAAUCUGAAUAGUGUGUUUUUAGUUAAACUAAUGAAUCAAAAACACCAAAUUUUAUAUUUAAGUUAGUCAUCUUUCGAGAAUAACAUAGCGAGCAUGGGGAUGAAUUCCAUUUAUUAUAACUGGUUUUUUAUAUUUAGUGACAUUUUUGUUUUUCAGAAUUUUCUCAACACGGCUCUAAUGAUUAUUUAUUUAGCUUAGUAUUUUGUUUAUACGCAUUGAGAUUCACAACUUUUUCUUGAUUUUUUACAAUAGAAAUGUGUUGAACAGCACUAAUUAUUAAGUUGCAAUAUCUAUUCAUUUAUUACUAAUACCCUUUGUAUUUAGAACCGGCGAGUAUAUUUACAGUAGAGGAAGUCAUUUGGCUGUUACAGAUCAGAUUUCGUUCAAUAGACAGAGUACCUAAUACUGUUUAAACAGUAAUUUAUAAAGUUAUUUUAACAAAAAUAUGAUUUCCCCUCCUCUAUUUUUUACAAAAUGUAAAUAGUAAACUGAAUAACGAUUAGUUCUUUUUGUUAAGCAAAACAAAAUUUCUCGAUUUUGUCGAUAUUUGUAGCCUCUUGGCAAGUAACACUUAGUAGUAUACAUCAUACUGCAGUGGACAGGAGGUGUCAAAAGGGAUUUUGUUUGCGUCUUGUAAUAAUGAUGUAUAAUACAAAUUUUGUUUCAUGUUGGACUUAUAAAUGUUACAGCUGCCAAUCGUUCGGAAGGAGGCAAGUAUGUACCGCGUGCCGUGCUGCUCGACCUGGAACCAGGCACCAUGGAGUCCAUCCGGUCCGGACCUUACGGCGUGCUCUUCCGGCCCGACAAUUUUGUGUUCGGUCAAUCGGGUGCCGGCAACAACUGGGCCAAGGGCCAUUACACGGAGGGCGCCGAACUCGUGGAUGCCGUGCUUGAUGUGGUGCGCAAAGAAAGCGAAAACUGCGACUGUCUGCAGGUAAAAAUCAUCGUAACGUCGCGUACCGGCUUAAAUCGCAAUGGUGUCGUAAUUCCAAAAUGAAAUAUUGUUCGAGGGAAAGAAAAAACGGUUUCUAUUUUAAUACGUACAGACGCGGUGUUGAGAAUUUCGUAGAUUUCAUACGUUAUUAUCGUAGAUGGAAUUCUGAAUAUUUAUUUCGUGAAUUUCGCGGGGGAAAUAAUAAUAAUAAUUACAAGAUUAGAGAUGUGGCUUUAUUAAACGGUGUAGUUUAUUUUCUUCUGUUUUUAAUAACAAAAAUAAUGGAGUUUAAGUGGUUUAGGCUGACGAUAAGUUCGUCAUAACAUUCUCGUGUGCUCAUAAAGUUGCCGGAAAAUCAAUUAUGGCGGAACGGUAAACGCGGUUUUUUUUUCUCGUACACAAGUCAUAAUAUUUAUACGCAUCCUAAGGAUUUAUUGUGGAACCCGUCCAAAAAGCGUUUUCCGGCGGUACGUGUGGUCUGUCAUAAACAUUACCGCACGAGACCAUACAAAUAAAACAACGUAGGUAGGUACUUAACCAUAAAUAUAAUAUACUUUUCGCUAUGCGGACAUCCCUAAUUUCGUUUUAUAUUACAAUUUGUAUGGCAUUAUUAAUUAUUAUCCAAUCUACAUAUGUAAGCGGUUUUUUUUUUCUGAUAAAUCCAGUCCUGGUUUUAAGAAAGUUAUACAUCGAAUUCCAUAUUAUCUAAUUGUAAUUAUAUUUAUAUAUAAUGUAGGGAUUCCAACUGGCGCACUCUUUGGGCGGCGGAACUGGGUCCGGAUUGGGCACAUUGCUCAUCUCGAAAAUCCGUGAAGAAUACCCGGAUCGGAUUAUGAACACGUAUUCGGUUAUGCCGUCACCGAAAGUGUCGGACACGGUGGUCGAGCCGUACAACGCCACCUUGUCUGUACAUCAGCUGGUCGAGAACACGGACGAGUCGUAUCUGAUUGACAAUGAGGCACUGUACGACAUAUGCUUCCGGACACUCAAGUUGACCAAUCCGACGUACGGCGACCUCAACCACCUGGUGUCACUGACUAUGUCUGGCGUGACCACGUGCCUCCGCUUCCCCGGGCAACUCAACGCCGACCUCCGCAAGCUGGCCGUUAACAUGGUCCCAUUCCCCAGACUCCAUUUCUUCAUGCCCGGAUUUGCGCCACUCACGGCUCGCGGCAGCCAAUCGUAUCGGGCCAUGAGCGUUCCCGAACUCACCCAGCAAAUGUUUGACGCUAAGAACAUGAUGGUCGCCUGCGAUCCCCGACACGGCCGCUACCUCACUGUGGCUGCUAUAUUCAGGUUGGUAAAACUUUACUAUAACCUAUAUCUUAGGCAGAGGCAUAUGCAGGGUUAGGGGGUUAGGGAUUACAUGCCCUUUCAUUGACUUAAAAAUACAAACAAAUAUAAUUAAUUUAAUAUCGAAAUAUAUUACCUAAACGGGGAAAACAAAUGCAUUUUGGAUGUACCUAAGCCCAGAUCCUAGACCAAAGCCAUCGCUCGCCUAAUUUAAACGAAAAAUACCCCUCGGUUUGUUAUGCAAACUUUUCUACCAGAAAUCUUUCUCCCAUUUAUCAAGUGUAGCAACUUUUCUAAAAGUAAAUUUUAUCUUUACGAUACUUUGGAGAGGUCAAAUUUUUAUUUUCCAAGCGGUUUUCAUAAUAAUUUGGAAAAACGGGAAAAUUUAAGAAAUAUAGGUAUUAGUUAAAAAUAUUACGGCCUUUUUUUUCAUGUGUACAACUUUUUUAAUAGCAAUGUCACUCAGAUUUAUAAUUAAAGCACUUUUUCUGAAAGGAAAUUUGACUGGAGUGGUACUUUAGGGAGGUCAUUUUUUGAUUUUCCCAGUAAGUAGAAAAACAUGAAAACAACAGUGGACAGAAAAUAUAUAAUGUUAAACAAAUAUUAUUAAAGAAAAUAAUAUAUAAUGCAUAUGCAAUUAUUUUACUAUGCGACAUAUAUAUUGUUGACAAAACAACACUAUUGCAUACAGCUGAUAUACAUUAAAUAUCCCCUUUAACAUCCUAACUUCUCACCUAUAACAGUGGCCCACCCAUGUUCGAAGUAUGUCAAUAUUUUUGAGUACUAACCACCAAAAUUAUUUUUUUUUUAUAUAUUUACAACAGAAUUUAAUUAUUGAUUUUUCUUACAGGGGCCGCAUGUCCAUGAAGGAAGUGGACGAGCAGAUGUUAAACGUACAAAACAAAAACUCCAGCUAUUUUGUUGACUGGAUUCCAAAUAAUGUGAAGACUGCUGUGUGUGACAUUCCACCAUGCGGACUCAAGAUGAGCUCGACGUUCAUUGGCAACACAACGGCCAUCCAGGAGCUGUUUAAACGCAUAUCCGAACAGUUUUCCGCUAUGUUCCGGCGGAAGGCGUUUUUGCAUUGGUACACUGGCGAAGGCAUGGACGAGAUGGAGUUCACUGAGGCUGAGUCUAAUAUGAAUGAUUUGAUAUCAGAAUACCAACAGUAUCAGGUAUGAAUAAUAAUAAUUAGUCGUUUUUUUUGCUUCUUGUGUUUAUGUUUAUGUUUAUAAUGUAUGACAUAUUACAGGAAGCAUCAGUGGAUGAGGAAUACAUAGAAGAAGAAGAAUCUGAAGAGAGAGAUGUGGAUUAA